GGCCGGAGCCGUCUGGGCGCCCCCCCCCCCCGGGAACGGCGGCUCCAGGGGCUGGCAGCGGCGGGCGACGUCCGCCCGACCCCGCUGUCCCCGCUGGGUGCUGUCUGGGGACCCGGCGGUGGCAGCCCGGUGACGCCGGGCAGCACCCCAGGGUGCUGCUGGGGGGCGCGGGGCAGCGGCACCCACCCCGGGGUCCCGGCGAAUAAAUCUCGGCCGUCGAUCUCGGCCGUGCGGAGAAGGAAACGGAGUCAGGAAAACAGGAAACCUCGGGCAGGGCCCGGCAGGGGCACGCGGGCGGGCAGCGGGCGCGGGACCCCCGCUCCCCCCAGCGUCCCGCUUGGUGCCCCCCGGGGGCACCGCAGCCCCCCCCCCCCCCCCCCCCAGUCCCUGCUGCACGCUGUGCUGGGUGGCACAGCCCAAGGCACGUCCCCUGCUGCGGGAUGGGGGAACCUCGGGUCUGAUAACAGGACGGGGCUGUUAUUAAAUCGCCCUAAUUAUCGCUGCCGGUCCGGCUGCUGCAAAUCCAGACCCAGGCGCGGAGGGGCUCGGGGUGCUGGGCUGAGGUCACUGUCCCCGUUUGGGGUUCACCACCCGGGGGGGGGGGGUCCGGUGCCAUAAGCGGUCUCUCCCCGCGCAGUUGUCUACGUGUGCUGCGCGCCGGACACGCUGCGGGAGCUGAUGCUGCAAGCCUGGCGCGAGGGGCUCACCCGCGGCGACUACGCCUUCUUCUAUAUCGACAUCUUCGGGGCCAGCCUGCAGGGCAGCCACUUCCCCGAGCCACAGCGGCCCUGGAAGCGGGGUGACCGCGACGACGCCAGCGCCCGGCAAGCCUUCGAGGCCGUCACCAUCAUCACCUACAAGGAGCCCGAAAACCCCGAGUACCGGCCCUUCCUGGCCCGGCUCAAGGAGGAGGCGCUCACCCACUUCAACUACACCAUGAAGGACGGCUUGAUGAACUUCAUCGCGGCUGCCUUCCACGACGGGGUGCUGCUCUACGCCCAGGCCGUCAACGAGACGCUGGAGCGGGGUGGCUCCAUCACCAACGCCUCCGCCAUCACCCGCCAGAUGUGGAACCGGACCUUCUACGGCGUCACCGGCUUCCUGAAGAUCGACGAGAACGGGGACCGGGAGAGCGACUACUCCCUGUGGGACAUGGACCCGGUGCGCGGUGACUUCCAGAUCGUGGCCAACUACAACGGCACCACCAAGAAGAUCCACAUGGUGCCGGGGCGCGAGAUCCACUGGCCGGGGAACAAGGUUCCCUCCGACGUCCCCCCCUGCGGCUUUGACAACAGCGACCCGCAGUGCCACAAGGCCAGCCUGAGCACCCUGGAGGUGCUGUCCCUCGUGGUCAGCCUGAUCCUCCUGGCCAUCACCAUCAUCUCCUUCUUCAUCUACAGGAAGCUGCAGCUGGAGAAGGAGCUGGCGGCCGAGCUGUGGCGCAUCCGCUGGGAGGACGUGCAGAUGAGCAGCCUGGAGAAGCACCUGCGCAGCGCCGGGAGCAAGCUCACGCUCUCGCUGAGGGGCUCCAACUACGGCUCGCUGAUGACCACAGAGGGGCAGUUCCAGGUCUACGCCAAGACGGCGUACUACAAGGGCAACUUGGUGGCCGUGAAGCACCUCAACCGCAAGCGGAUCGAGCUGACGCGCAAGGUCUUGUUCGAGCUGAAGCACAUGCGGGACAUCCAAAACGAGCACCUGACCCGCUUCAUCGGCGCCUGCACCGACCCCCCGAACAUCUGCAUCCUGACCGAGUACUGCCCCCGCGGGAGCCUCCAGGACAUCCUGGAGAACGAGAGCAUCACGCUGGACUGGAUGUUCCGCUACUCCCUCACCCACGACAUCGUUAAGGGCAUGCAGUUCCUGCACAACGGCGUCAUCAUCUCCCACGGGAACCUCAAGUCCUCCAACUGCGUGGUGGACAGCCGCUUCGUGCUGAAGAUCACCGACUACGGGCUGGAGAGCUUCCGCGCGGCCCCCGACGGCGAGGACUCCCACGCGCUCUUCGCCAAGAAGCUGUGGACGGCGCCCGAGCUGCUGCGGAUGGAGGCGCCGCCGGCGCGGGGCUCGCAGAAGGGCGACGUGUACAGCUUUGGCAUCAUCCUGCAAGAGAUCGCCCUGCGCAACGGCGUCUUCUACGUGGAGGGCAUGGACCUGAGCCCCAAAGAGAUCAUCGAGCGGGUGAAGAGCGGGGAGCGCCCCAGCUUCCGCCCCUCGGCCAGCGUGGGCUGCCACCUGGAGGAGCUGGGCCAGCUGAUGCAGCACUGCUGGGCCGAGAACGUCCUGGAGCGCCCCGACUUCAACCAGAUCAAGGUCCAGCUCCGCAAGUUCAACAGGGAGAGCAGCAGCAACAUCCUGGACAACCUGCUGUCGCGCAUGGAGCAGUACGCCAACAACCUGGAGGAGCUGGUGGAGGAGCGCACCCAGGCCUACCUGGAGGAGAAGCGCAAAGCCGAGGCUCUGCUCUACCAGAUCCUGCCCCACUCGGUGGCGGAGCAGCUGAAGCGGGGCGAGACGGUGCAGGCGGAGGCCUUCGAGAGCGUCACCAUCUACUUCAGCGACAUCGUGGGCUUCACGGCGCUGUCGGCCGAGAGCACCCCCAUGCAGGUGGUGACGCUGCUCAACGACCUCUACACCUGCUUCGACGCCAUCAUCGACAACUUCGACGUCUACAAGGUGGAGACCAUCGGGGACGCCUACAUGGUGGUGUCGGGGCUGCCGGUGCGCAACGGGAAGCUGCACGCCCGCGAGGUGGCCCGCAUGGCGCUGGCGCUGCUGGACGCCGUCCGCUCCUUCAGGAUCCGCCACCGGCCGCAGCAGCAGCUCAAGCUGCGCAUCGGCAUCCACACGGGUCAGCGGGGACGGGGCACCCGUGUGGGUCGGGGGGGA